AAAUGGUUGGUCCGUUUAUCACUUCUUUUGGUGGUGCUACUUUCCUCAAUCAACGCAUUCCGUACCUUGCACGAGAGUAGGUAUACCUCGUGUUUGUCGUUGUCAGCUGCUCUCGUGAUUAGUUUUGCAGCUUUAUUUUUCUGGAGGAAAUCGGAUGUAAACUAGCUCGCUGCAAUGGAAACCGAAGAUUUGUACUGGUUUUCGUUCAUUUUGGUCACAAUUGUCGGGUUCUUUACCUUUAAAUUGAUGACCAAGAAUAGGAACUUCUUCCGCGUCCGAGGAGUUCCCUUCGAGAAGCCGCAUUUCAUCUACGGGAAUCUGGGUGAGGUAACAAGUGGUAAGCUAUCACCGCUGGAAAUGAUAGCUGGUUUCUAUAAGAGAUUCGAGAAUGAAAGGCUAUUCGGGUUCUUCAACUACCUCAGUCCAGUGUAUUACAUCCGUGACCCAGAACUGAUAAGAAAACUGUGGGUCCAAGAGUUCAACGCCUUCGCCAACCAUCCAUACUUCCUCGACGAAAGCAAAGACCCGAUUCUCGGGAACCAGCUACAUCUGCUAAAGAACGAAAAGUGGCGACAAAUAAGACAUACUCUUACUCCGGUGUUUUCAGGUCGAAGUGCUAGUCUUAUGAGUUCUCUCGUGCGGACCAACUCACUGGAUCUGAUUGACCAUCUAAAAGCUUCCGUCGAUCCGGAACUGGAGUUCAAAGGCAUCUUUCAGAAGUACGCCUUCAAUGUCAUUGCAAACUGUGCCUUUGGGUUGGAGCUAAACACCUUCAAAGAUGAGUCCGACAAGUUCUGCACUUAUGGAUGUGCGCUAGUUUAUGGAAACAAUCCCGUGCAAACACUGAAAACAAUGCUAUUUUAUCUGUUCCCCAAGUGGAUGGUUCAAAUGAAGGUCCGUCUAAUGGAAGACGAACAUGCCGCUUACUUUACGAACCUCAUUGGUUCCACCAUCACCGAGAGAGAGAAGAAAAACCUCAACCGUCCAGACCUUAUCCAAAUGCUACACCAAGCGAACAAAGGAGAACUGAAACCUACCGGCCAAGAGGACGAAGUCCUCCAGAUGAAGGACUUCUCCAAACGCAAAUGGAACCAAGAGGAAUUGAUCGCACAGUGCGUCGCGUUCUUCGGAAGUGGAUUCGAACCACUAAUCAACCUCCUUUCAUUCGCUACCUACGAACUGGCAGCAAACCCCGACGUCCAGCAGAAACUACUCUCCGAAAUCGAGAAGACCCUCAAGGACAGUCCGGUCGUGUAUGAAACCGUGGAAAAACUGCCCUGCCUCGAAAUGGUGGUCGCCGAAACACUUCGGAAGUGGCCGGCAACCCCUUCGCUGGAUAGGGAAUGCUCCCAGGAUUACCUGCUGGACGAUGGCGGUUGCCGAGUGCAGUUCCGAAAGGGUGACACCCUGUGGGUUUCCGUGUGGGCGUUGCACCGGGACGAGCAAAACUUCCCGGAACCGGAGCGGUUCGAUCCGGAGCGAUUCAGCGAGGCCAGAAAGCCGACCAUCAAACCGUUCACCUAUAUGCCGUAUGGAGUUGGACCGAGGGGUUGUAUUGGCACUCGUCUGGCAUCCCUGGUGACGAAGGUCACCCUGGUGGAUCUAGUCAGAAAUUUCCAACUCGAAUUGGGAUCAAGGAAUGGAACCAUGGAACCGGAGGAUGGGUUCUGGCUGAAGAUGACGCCGCGAUGAUGACUGGGGAAUCAGUACAGAUUAGGUUCAAAGCUGCGAUAGAGAAUAGAUUGUAUAUCGUCGAAAGCGUACUUACUUUAAAAUAGAGUUUGUUUUUAUUGUAUCAUGGCUGAUCCUGUACACGAAUAUGUACCGAAAACCUCGAGAUUCAGUAACUGAAUCAGGAUUGAAACCGCUGGAAGUCAUCUACUCAAAUUCUUCCAGAAUUCUAAUGGAUAGAUUAUGUCAGAAUAAAGAAUGUAGAGAUUAUGUCAUACCACACUUUCUAAUGAAAAUAGUAGGUUUUGCGUGGCGUUAUUAAGUGAAUUUGUUAAAGCA